AUGGUUUUGUUAAGUCCUUGGAAACCACGUAGGAAAUACACACAGUUUAUCAUGGGCCCGCUCACAACUCCGAAAAAAGCAGGACAAGCACGGUCCGUUGAUCCAUGGACACCAACUUCCAACCUCAAAAUGCUCAUCAGUGCUGCGAGUCCGGAGAUUCGGAACCGGGAGAAGCAGCUGUGUCCGCACCCUGAGUUACAUGAAGUUCUUGAUCCUACACAGGAUGUUGAACAUGGAGAUGAGUCUGAGAAAAUGAUCAGCAGAAAAGAAAAGAGUCUGGGUUUGCUCUGUCAUAAAUUCCUCGCCCGCUGCCCCGAUUGGCCAGACCCAGCCGCCAACAAUGAAAUUUGCCUUGAUGACGUGGCCACUGAUCUCAAUGUGGAACGCCGCCGCAUUUAUGACAUCAUGAACGUGCUGGAAAGCCUGCACAUGGUGAGCCGUUCUGCAAAGAACCGCUACACGUGGCACGGCCAGACAAAUCUGGCCCAGACUCUGGCCAUUCUCAAGCAGGUGGGCGGGGAGCAAAGAUACGGCCAGCAGAUGCAGCAGAUCAGACAGAGCUUCCUUGAUAAAGAAUUUGACUCUGAUGGCGAGGAGAAGGAGAAUCACAAAUUGAUGGAGAACAGCGAACACAGACAAAGGGAGCUCUUUUUUGUGGAGCUUCCUGGAGUGGAGUUCAAAGCAGCCUCUGUUAAUAGUCGGAAGGACAAAUCCCUGAGAGUGAUGAGCCAGAAGUUUGUCAUGCUCUUCUUGGUUUCUAAUCCACCCGUGGUCAGUCUGGAUGUCGCUGCCAAAAUUCUGAUUGGAGAGGACCAGGGGGCCGAUCAGGAUAAGAGCAAAUUCAAGACUAAAGUGCGACGACUUUAUGACAUAGCUAAUGUGCUACGAAGCCUGAAACUCAUUGAAAAGGUCCAUGUAACGGAAGAGAGAGGGAAGAAACCAGCAUUUGAAUGGGUCGGCCCAAUUGAACUGCCUCAAGUGAAAGAUGUGCCAAGUGGCAGCUCCCUGUGUCCACCCAACAAGACAAAGGUGCUGGAGUCCCGCUCCUAUGUAGAAAACUGUGCCAAAAACCUUUUUUCGUCGCCACCCGGUGCUAAGCGAAGCUUUACACGACACCCCUCUCUCAUGAAACUAGCAAAGAGCAUUCAGGAUGACCGGCGCAAGAUCAGCUCAGCCCCAAGUAGUCCUGCCAAGGGCGCCCUUGCUGUCAGUGUCUUCCCCAGCAAAAUGGCCCAACUUGCUGCUAUUUGUAAGAUUCAACUUGACCAGGAGUCAGCGUACUUCUGUUCCAGUACCAGAAGCAAAGCUCUAAAGGCAAUUCCCGCUGAGGCAAACACAAUGGUUGCGAAGCUCCAGUCAACCACCUCCAGCUCAGUGAAACCGCCUCAGUCAUCGUGCCAGGCUCCAAAUGAGGAGAAUGGAGCCAACCCAAAUGUGCACAGCACCCCACUGGCCUCCCAGCCCUCAGGCAGUGUUGCAUACAUCCCAGCGAAUUUCUCACCCCUCAUCCCCGUCAUUUUACCUCAGCAGCCGGGCGCCGGACCCUACGCUGUGUAUUUGCACCCGUCUUCUCUCAGGCCCAACCCUCUGGCCAGACCGCAGCCGACCAGUUCCGCCGUACGCUCGAUGACUUUUGAGGAGAAGACUGGGUCGAGCCCGACUGCCCCGUUAGCUGCUAAUAGCCGACCCACGUUGAGGGUACCGGACAGGAGCCCGUUGUUGGUCAAACGGUUGUAUUCUGACUCCGCGCCAGAGAGCACUCCUCCCAAAGCCAAACGGACUAACUCCAACCUUCAGGGCGCCGCCCCAAAGCAGUGGCACAUGCUUGAUGUUCCUCUGAAGACCCUUGGCAGCCGUCAGCUCUCCAGCUGUCCCUCGCCCCGCGCGCUCCACUUGGAUGCCGAGUUCAUCAACACUCCCGGCAGCGCCAUGGUUGCGCAGACUCUGGAGCAGAGCUUGGAGACCUUCCUGGAUAAGGACGAGAAGGCGGUGACCUCUGACUGGGAGGCGGGUUUAACAUCCGUACGAUCUGCCCUGGUCACACCCGGACACAUUAACACUGAGACUUUUGUGCCAACAGGAUACCUGAUCCCACUCUCCCAGCAGUCUGUUGUCACUUACAAGGAAAAUCAGGGCUCAGCAGGAGAACGCAACAAGCCUUCAACUCCUGUUUACAUCUACCAAACGCCAACUGCGGGAUCCAGAGCACCCCCAGUCCAGGAAGUGACACCCACCAGCAUUCGUCUUCACGGACCCGCUGCAGCCGCCUCUCCACACUUGACCCCGCAGGCCCAACGGCUCCACGGCCCCAGUCCGGCUAUCGUCAACUUCACCCUGCAGAAUCUGGGUCUGAUAUCAGGCUCCAGCACCGGAAACACCUUCGCCUCACCGCAGACCUCCGAGCGGUCAAACACCGUGCUCAGCCCUCUGGCUCUGCAGCAGCGAGGGAUGGUUUUCAUCAAGCCAAUGACGGUCCAGCAGUCCCCGCAUCCAGUGGCGCUAAUCAGUAUCCAACAGCCUCUGGUGACCAACCCCAAAGGAACGGCUCUCCCCCAGCACAGCUUCUUCCACACACCGGUUCCCCUCUCCCCCAUGGCUUCUGCAAUGGUCUCCCCCAGUGGACAGGCGGGUCCUAAGACUGUUUAUAUCCCUCAAAGGAAACUAGACGUCAACACUGAAGAGAUGCUCUGAUGUCUGUACAAUGUGUGGAUGUGGGAGGCUCGGGCCUUUUAUGGUUAAUUUUUCUCAAUUUCUUUGUUCAGCGUUUUACAAUACUCAUUACCUCUGAACAAUAACCUGUGCUGACGUGCAAAUAAGAUUUUGAAGCCAUUCAGUCCAUGCCGGUUAAGGAACAUUUUUCUUCUCGCUUUUGUUUUUCAGUCGUGCUAAUGUUUAAUAAUUGUUAAUUAUUCCUGAAAUGUUAGAGAUGAGCUGCGACACAGCCAUCUAACCCCCACCUCAAUCAGAUGUCUUUUUUUUUUUUGACUGAAAGUGUUAAUGGAAACCUCUUUGAUUGAGCUUAUAACUCCAAGUAAUAUAAAAAAAAAUGAGAGGAACUUUGCACAUAUGUACAUGUUUAUGAAUACCAUUUUAAAAUGGUAGUAAUAAGUACAUGAAUGUUUGUUGAAUUCUGUGUAAACUGAAUCAGACUUUUUUUUAUGAAUGUUUUAAUUUAUGAGGAAAUAAAUAAGUUCAUUUAUUUCAGUAAAUGUACAUUAUAUAGAUUCAUUAAACAUUUGAGGAGCUACUCUGGAGUGCAAAUUCCUGCCUAAUUUCUACAUUAAAGAUAAUUUACUUUGUU